GCAACACUCACGGCUGGCCGCCAGUGUGUUUCCGGAUGGUGGGGGAGGGGUUUGGACAAGAUGGCCGGAUCCACAGUUAAAGUCCCUCGUAAUUUUCGCUUGUUGGAAGAACUUGAAGAGGGUCAAAAAGGAGUAGGAGAUGGUACAGUAAGCUGGGGUCUGGAAGAUGAUGAAGACAUGACACUUACGCGGUGGACAGGCAUGAUUAUUGGACCACCAAGGACAAAUUAUGAAAACAGAAUAUACAGCUUGAAAGUAGAGUGUGGGCCUAAAUAUCCUGAAGCACCUCCAACAGUUAGAUUUGUAACUAAAAUUAAUAUGAAUGGAAUAAAUAAUUCCAAUGGAAUGGUGGACGCACGGAGCAUACCAGUGUUAGGAAAAUGGCAAAAUUCUUAUAGCAUUAAAGUUAUACUUCAAGAGUUAAGGCGUCUAAUGAUGUCCAAAGAAAAUAUGAAGCUUCCACAACCUCCAGAAGGGCAAACUUACAACAAUUAAUUUUAGCUGAAUCCCAAACUUGUCUUAAACAACUUCUACUUAUGUUAAUGUCUUGAUUCAAUUUCACAAUGCAAACCACCCACACAUUAAGAGUUUCUGCUGGUGUAUAUGAUCUGGACAUUGAAAGAAUAUAUAUGUAUAUGUAUGCCCCAUAUGUUUUCAGACACAAUCAGAGAAAAAAGGCAGCACAAUUUUUUCCUCUUUACCAAGCACUAUCAUUUUAAGCAUAAGCCUGAAGUAGCCUAAAUUUGGAACUCCAGUGUUUCAAGAUGAGCGCAUGAUCGGAAGUGUCAGGUUGCUGUGGAAUAAUGUUUCAGAAACUUUUUGCAAGAAGAAAAAAAAACUAAUGGCAUGCUUUAUCCAUCUUGCUUUAGUGAAAGAGCUGCAGAUUAAAACAAUUAAGUAGCAAGUACUGCAAAUACCAUUGCUCAACUUGUUUAAUUUUUGCAAUGUGUGGGUGCUGACUGCUAGUAGUGUUUCAGAAUAUGGUCAGGAUUGUUUUGAUACUUGUAUUUAUAAAAUGGGGGAAUGAUUUUCUUUUAAGCAGCUCCUGUGUGUUUCAUGUAAUGGACAUUGCAAAUAUUUGUUUACAGUCUUCGUUCUAAUAAACCAUGCAUUUAAGUUUUAGUGAAACUACAAACAAAAAAAGGAAAUAGGUGUAUGGAUAUGUGAUUGAGAAUAAAGAUAGUCUUCAAAUGUAAAUAAAAUGUGAAAAAUAUCCCCUGAGGCUGUGCUAUUUCUAAAUUUACGCUGGCAGUACCCUUGCAAGAUUGAAAGUCAAAUGUUGCUCCUAAUCUUGUCUUAAUUACUCUUUUUCUUGGUAUCUAGGCUGCUGGAGCAAUUUUAGUGGAACCAGUUAUAUUAGACUCUGCAUGUGUAAUUCUUUUUCUUUAAUUUUGAACUAAAUGACCCUCAUUGUAACCUUUUUGCUUUUGUGAUGCUCAGUUCGUAUAUUGAAUUCUUGAACUCUCUUUGCUAUUAGCAGGUAUAGUAUUAAAAAUAAUAAGAGGGAAAAGAUACAACUCCUUGUAAGUAUGUUAUCGCUGGCUUUUUAGGUGCUUUUGUGUUUUGUGCAAUUGCUGCUCGGUGGUUCAAGGUACCCUAGAUGGACAGUAAGGUGUUGAAAAUUCAUUCUGCCAUAUAUUUCUUUUCCUUUCAUAUUGAUUGAAAUAUGCAUGCAAACUCCUCCUUCAAUGAAUUGAGAUCUGUUAUUCAUAUGCCAGCAACUAAGGUACUAUCUAAGAUAAAAGAAGCUUCUGAUCUGUGUAGCCAUUGUGGAUGGAUAAUUUAUUAGCUCAGCCUAAUCUUGUUUGCAGGGUGUAAAUGUAUUUUAGAAAUAUUUUCUUUUUGCCACCUUCAUUUUACAUGAGAGGAGACAUUAAUUUAGGAAAUUCUUUUUUCUCUGUUCCUUUUAAAUAAUGAACAGGAUAAGCAGCUGUUUAAGGGAUGCUUUCUUAGUAAAUGUUAAAAUGUUGUGUUUCAUGAAAUGCAGUUUGCAGCUUCUACCUUCAGACUAAAAGGAAAUCAAGAGAAGGUUAAUCCAUAUUUUCAGAUAUAUUAAAAGUGAACAGCAGUUUCUUCAUGAUGUGGCCUUCAUAAUUAAUGCAUGUUUUAUAUUUGGAUAUCGAUACCUUACAAAUUGUCUUAUAGGAAAUUGCCCUAAAUAUACACAUGGUAAAUAAGCCUCAAACCUGAGUUCCUAAAUGUAUUUUGCUAGAUUAUGAGCUUUCUGAAUGUAAUGGAACUUAACUUUUUAGUGUGUGUAUGUGUAUUUACAUACAUACAGUCUUUUAUCAUAGCUCCUACCAUUUUGAGAAAAAACCCUUAUGAUAAGCUAAGCAUAAGAAGAAGGCUUUAUUUUUGAAAAAUUCUGAGAGAUACAUUUCCCAAGUUGACCAGCCAUUUCCAUUCCACUAUAAUUUAUUGAUACAUAAUAUUACUCUUUCCUUGAUAAGGAUUCUAUCUGGACUUAAUUUGAUAAACUAGGAGUAUAUGUGACUGACUAUCUGAUUCUAAAUACAAAAGCUAGAUCACAUGAACUGAGGUGCCAGGAGUGAAAAGUGUGGAACAGUAUGACUGGGAGUGGGCAGCUGCAAAAAACAUCUUUAGGAGCCUUGAAGGUUGAUGAAUUAUUCCCCUAAAGCCACUUUGUGCCUUUUCCCUUUAAGCUUGGCAACUUUUCAGUGUAAUGAUAUUAGUAAGUUUAUAAAAACAAAGUUCCUUGAGCACAGAGCCAUAUGUAGAUAGGGCAACUUGACAUCAGCUUUAAAUUAUCUAUUUGGUGGUGCAAAAUAUGUAUAUGUGAUAACAGUAUAAAUAAGGCAAGCAAAAAUGUUUUUCCUUCCUAUAUCCCAGAGCACAAUAAUUUCUAAAAAAUGUGCCUGGAAAUAAAGGUUAUUGCUAAAGGAUAAUUAACAAGUAUGAGAAUGGGUUUAAACUUUGUACUAAGCCAUUGUUUUCUAACCAUGGUUUCUGGAAGAAGCCAGAAUUUGCAGGUCACACAAUAUACAAAAUAAAAAUAUAUUAUUAAAUACAAAUCCAUCAGACCAUGUAUGAUACAGAAUUCAGGCUUUACACAUAGUGCUAAGCCAUAGCUUGUUUUAAUAAGCCAUUAUGGCCUGGUUCAUAUGCAAUACUAAGCCAUCAGUUAUGCUUAUAUAAGCCACAAUUACUGGGCUACCACACCACAUUAAACUAAAACUAAAAUCACCUUAUGGCAUAGUUAGUGAUGUGUCAACCCAGCCUUUAGGUGUGCAGGUUCUUACUAUGAAAAAAAGGCAGCUACCUCAGCAAGUACUGCGGAAUAAGGAUUUGGGAAGAUGUGAGGUCAGAGUUGUAUGCAUCAAAUGAUGGCUCCAAGAUCUAAGCUAUCUUGGUUACUUUGGGGUAUUAAUGAUAAAUAUUGCCUCAUUGGUAGUGCUGAAACAAGAUGCAGCCAUCAACUUGAUCAGCUGAUGUCUGUUGAAUAAAGAGAUGUCAUCUUGUCUUUUCCCUCAGGCAGCAAAAUGUAUUGCACCGGCUUUAUGAGUGAUCUUUCAUUUUUUUUGAGGGUCCGACUCAUUCUGAUAUACUGAGAAUAGUACAUUAUUAGUAUUCUGUUUUCUAAUAUGUGUUGACUGCAUUGGCUUCUCAGUGUUUGUUUGAUUGUCUCACUGUAGUUACCUAUAAUAAAUGUUUGGAACAAG